AUGUCGAGCUCCUUCGAGAAGUCCGUCAAGGGCGCGACCAAGAUCAAGAAUGCUCCGCCCAAGACGAAAUACAUCGAACACAUCCUCGUCGCCACUCACUCCGGCGAGGCAGGCAUCGGCGAGGUCUUCCGCGCCCUGCAGAACCGUCUGCGCGACUCAACAUGGACCGUCGUCUUCAAGAGCCUCAUCACCGUCCACCUCAUGAUCCGCGAGGGCUCACCAGACGUCACGCUCGCCUUCCUCUCCACCCACCGCAACCUGCUCGCCAUCAGCAACUUCACCGACGCCCAGAUUCAAGGACGGAAUAUCCGGCAUUAUGCCCAAUAUCUCACCGAACGAGCGCGAGCAUACCGAGAUACCAAGACCGACUGGGUCCGCGCCCCCGAGUCAAGACUCGAGAAGAUGUCGGUUGAGAAGGGCCUAUUGCGCGAGACAGAAGUGGUACAGCAUCAGCUUUCAGCCCUGCUCAAGUGUGAUGUUAUGGAGAAUGAGCCCGAGAACGAAAUCACAAUCACCGUCUUCCGAUUACUGGUCCUAGACCUUCUAGCUCUGUUCCAAGUGCUGAACCAAGGGUUGAUUUCUAUCUUAGGUCACUUCUUCGAAAUGUCCAAGGUCGACGCCGAGCGCGCAAUGGCCGUCUACCGAACCUUUACCCGCCAAACCGACCAGGUCGUCCAGUAUCUCGGCGUGGCGAGGCAGUAUGAGCACCACACGCGGGUCGAGGUCCCCAAGCUCAAGCACGCGCCCGUCAACCUGGGCAAGCAGCUCGAGGAGUAUCUCGGCGACCCCGACUUCGAGGUCCAUCGGAGGCAGUACCUGGCCGAGCAGGAUGUCAAGAAGACGGGCGGCUCCAGCUCCGGCUCCAAGAUGUUCACGUCAAGCAAGAAGAAGGACUCCGACUUCCCCGAGCCAGCCUCCAACAAUCCCUUUCCCUCUGCCGGCCCAAGCAAGGCUCCCGAGACGAAGCCCCAGGCCAACAAGGGACCUGACCCGGACCUCAUCGACUUCUUCGACUCGAUUGAGCAGAACCAGACGACGCUCCAGGUCAACCCUCAGCAGCCGCAGCAGCAGCAGAUGAACGCAGCCGCUUUCCAGACUCAACCCACCGGCAUGACGUUCCAGUCCAACGGCUUCGCGCCGCAGCCCACAGGAUUCGCGACCAACAGCCCCUUCCAGGCGCAGCCCACCGUGUUCGUGCAACAACCACAGACACAGCCCCUGCAAUUGCUCCCCGACUUCACCGGCGCCGGCUUCGGAGGCUUCACGCAGCAGAGCUUCCAGCCCAGCUCCCUCGCGCCCAUCCCGCAAGACUCGGUGGCGAGCUUCCCGACGGCCGGGGCACAGCCUAUGCAGAACGGCCAGCCUCAGGGCCUCAUGCCCAUGGCCACGGGCAGCACCAACCCGUUCCGCCAGUCGAUGCUCAUGGCCCAGCAGACCGGCAUGCCAACCACGUCGAUGCCCUCGUCCGCCUCAACGCCGGCCCUCAGCACCAACCCCAACCGCCAAUCCACGAACCCCUUCGCCCGCUCUCCGCAGCAGAACAACCCGGUGCCCUUCCAGCAACUCCAACAGCAACCCCCGAUGCCCCAGCUCCCUCAACAGCAACAAGCUCCUCCCGCCGCCGCUCCUCUCGUCCCCGCCCAGACCGGAACGAACCCCUUCGCCCGGCAAGCGACCCAAGCGCCGCCCCCGAUGCCGGAUCAACGGCCGCAGACCGCCGGAGCCGCCCUCAUCUCGCAGCCCACCGGCACCAACCCCUUCCGCCACGGCGCCUUUGUCAACCACAACACCGGCGCCGGCUGGCAGCACAACCAGGCGCCUAUUGGCGGCGGCCUCGACCAGCUCGAGACCGUACCUGUAUUCCCCCGACCCGCCCAGCAGACGCCCUGGCAGCAAUAA